UUUGACUUUCCUAGAAAUUGGCCAGUACUCUAUGUGCAAGUCUGUUGUGCACACUCACAUUUGUGUGUGUGAAAACGAGAAUGAAAUUUGGAGAAGAAAAAACACCUGAUAGAAAAGUAUAUUGAAGUGGUUAGUUCAUUACUUAUGGAUAUUUGAAAUUUUACAACUGAACAUUUAGAAAAUUGAUUAAAUAUUUGCCCUUUAUAGUUGACUUUGGCUUUUCUGUAGCCAGUUUGCAGAUUGUAAGAAGAGCUUUUUGGACUUUAAAAACUUAAGUUGGUAUGGAAAAGUAUUUAAAAUGCAUAUGUAAGUAUAUACUCAUGGGACAGAGUUAAGAGUUUCCCAACAAAACACUAUACAUUCAGCCAAAUUGGGGUUGUGAUAUUUUUAUAUUUAUUUGAAAAGUACUCGGUUUAUUUUUUCAAAUAUCCUGUGAAGGUAGUUUCUCUCAAUUGUUACAAGAUUAUGGUUUCAUAAUUUAGUGUAAUUUUUGCUAUACACUUAGAACUUUUUCUUUGAUUGGCUUUUAUUGGGGAGGGUAACUGGAAAGCAAUUUUUAAAGCCUCCAUCAGGAGUGAUGUGAAAGGUGGGAGCAGGGCCAAAGGCCUUCUAGUUAUCUGUUAAAUUUUAUGUCUUGUAUUGCUUUAAGAGCUAAUUAUGAUUAAAAAUUUUGUUUUUCUAGAGUCAUUCAUGUAUAAAUUGGCUUCUGAUUUUGACAGUUUUAAUGUACAAUUAACUUAGAGUACUGACUGGCUUUUAUAUAUAUAUAUAUAUAUAGUGUUUAAAAUUUGGUUAUCUUCUAAAUUUACAUGUCCUUAGAAAUGAACUUUUUUUUUUUUUGCUAGCCGAUAGUAACUAUUUUAUAGCAUAAAAGUAUGCUAGAAACAAUUCAAUGAACUUUUUAUAUGUAAUUUUAAAAACUUGUUGUAGUUAUUAGGUUAACAUUGAAGUUACUUAGUGCAUCAGGAAUUUGCUGCACUUUGGGAGUUUUCUGCUUGUUUUAGAAUGCCUGUUUUGGAAUGUUAAGAGCUAUAAGAUACAACUCCUCCCAGACUGGUAAUUUUGAAAUUCCAGAACAGGAAGUUCUGGUUUUUUUUUUCCCCAGAUAAAUUUGAAAGCAUAUUUCUCAUGUUUCAAGGGUUAGAGUAGAGAGAGAAGAUGGAUUAAAGUAAAUUAUUUGCUGAGUAGAUUCUUAUCUGUUACUCUUUAAGAGCACAGUGAGCCCCAAGUUGGGGAGUAAGGUGGGAGAGGAAGAGGUAUUAAUUCUACAAAGUUUCAUGGCGUGAAACUGCACAGAUUGAAAUACUUCAGUAGAUUUCUUAACUGGAAAUAUCAGAAAUUUAUAGUGUUGACUUUUAUCAUUGCUGAUUUUGAAGGAAGAGUUUUAAAUCAUUGUUGGAACCUUGCGUUAAUCCCAUACAAUCAGAGAAACUCUGAUUUGUACAAAACUUUCAAGGUUAUGAGCACAUGGAAGUCAUUUGUUUACUUGGUAGAUAUUUAUAAAAACACAAUCAGUUAUAGCUCUUAAAUAUUUUUAAUGCUAUCAUUUUGAGAGAAAAUUUUACCAUUUUUGUACAUGCAAAUCUAAACAUUUACUGCAUUUUUGUAUUUCCACAUAACUGGUAUCAGGAAGAGACUGAUAGACAUUUUUUAUUAGUUUUGUCAACUACAGCUGAUGACUUUCACAGCUGUUAAGCCUGAUCAUGCACUGCCAGCAAAGACGUAAUGCAUUGUUUUAUGAAAAAGAGCAGAGUGAGGAGCAAAUGAAGUAUGCAGUGGAGGAGGCUCAGAGAGGAGGCAGUGGGGCGGUGCUGCGUGUGCCCUGUGCACUCGAAUCCCUGCGCGCUUCCAUGCCGUAGAAACAGCACAGCACUGGGUGGGAACGAGAAGGGAGGGCCAUGUAGAACACUGUACUCGUUUUCAGAGACAGUAAUGUGAGAAGAGGGUGGAAAAGUGACGUGUGUGAUACCCAUUGAGCAUGGACUAUAGUUAAUAAAACAUGCCAUUUUGAAUAAAAUAUACUUGUCUAAAUAUGACCUCUUUUUGUUGUUGCGUGCAUUUCAGAUUUCUUUUUAUAAAUGUUAACACUUAGAAAAAAUAAGAUCAACAUAGCAGGUGUGAGCCUAAUCAUCAGUCAUAACUUUAUGUCCACAUUUUCUGGUAGAUGGAUUUUGACUAUUAAUUUGGUUUUGUAUGUUUUCUCUAUGUGAUAUUUGUGCAUUAUUAGAUGACUAGACUGGCCAAGGCAGACCUGUUACACUUGCCUGAGUCAGGCAUUGUUUGCCAUGCCACUAAACCUGCCGCCAAGUGAAACCUUCAUUGGGGAAAUGAGAUCGGAGUCUGAGCCGCAGAAGAUGGACGCCCUGUCUCUGUUUUUAUUGUUUUACUUUCAUUUCAUUUCUUUUUAUUUUGUCCCUUUUUUGUUUUGUUUUGUUUUUGUUUUGUUAAAUCUCUCUCACUUUUAACUUGUGAGCUGGUUUUCCAGUUCUUUGUAAAUGGUAUUCCAUUAAGAAUUCAUAACGUGUUGUAUAUUUAUGGGGGAAGGAUGAACAGAGCUCAACUUUGAGAUGAACUGAAUUGCCGUGCAGUAAGGUAGAGUGCAGUGCUGUGAAGAUAGAUGCCCAGGGUCUUUUAAUUGGUGUUGGCGGGUUGAGGUGCACUUUGAUCUUCAAACAUUAAAACACUUGACUAGAACCGUAGGGACAUUUUCUGAUGGGCUCAGUGCUUAUUAUUUUUCCCCAAGUCUACAUCUCUCAUAAAACCAACUGAUGGCUUCUAAUUUUUAUCCUUCCCCUAGAACUGUAGGCAUAUAAAAGCACCAAGGAAAAUUAAGUGCAUUUCUUUUAACAAUCCGAAGGUAGGGGGAGGUCUUUGUCUUCUAUUAGCUUGGUCUUAAGAAGCCUUCUGUUGCCUCUGGGGAAUGGAUAUUGGAGAAAACUGUUGGUUAUUUAUUUGCAUGCAUGUUUUUUUGUUUGCUUGAAUUUUUUUGUUGAGAAUUCUUCAGAGGUUACUAGCUUUUCAAGUGGAUUAUGAAGUCAGGACUCACAGUUGUGUGAGAGAUGUUUGCCUCAGUUUUCUUUCAAGUGUAGUUUGGGGAAAAUGCUAAAUGCUCACUUGUUUUUACUCCAUAUACUCUACUAGAGUUUUAGAAGAUAAAUUUUAUUUUGGAAAUAAAGCAAUGGAAAUUUUCUUAAAGUAUCUUUAAUAGAAUAAGACAAAUAAUACUGAGCUUAUAGUUACUGAUUUUUAACAGUUUAUUGUCAUGAAUGGCAGGGAGAAUCUGAUAGCCUGCUGAUAUUUAAGAUAGAACUGAGGCCUCACAGUUCGAAGUAAUGAGCUUGGCUCAUGUCUAAUACCUUAUUGUCUGUGUAGCCUCUACUGUCUGGAUAGCUGGGUUUGGUUAUUGACAAACAAUAUUAAAUCGAGCACAUGACUACAUUGGAACUCUUUUAGGUGCAUAAAUUAGGGUACUGAAGCAUAGAGUGCACACCUCAGGACUGCAGUUAUUCAUCAGAGGUGUUCAGGUUUUAAAUCUUAAAAAAUAUUUCUCAUAGAUAAAAUGAAUGUGAUAAUAUAAAUAGUAUAGUGUAUAUGUGGGCAUAUGUAGAUGUAUAGUAAUAGUGGUAACUAAUAGUUCAUUGUUAUUUGAUAUCUUUAGUAAGGCCUACCUUGUUAUCAUUAUGCAUGUUAAGAAAUUUGUUCUCCAGAAUUUAAAGUAAUAACCUCAUUUUUGAAAUUAGUUAAAUUUAGAUGCUGUAAAUUAGAAAGUAUGCAUUUGCCAAAGCCACUAAACUGUGAUUCUAAUUUUCUUUCUAUGCAUAAGCUAAAACCGUUAUCUAAAGUUUUAAAUUCCAGCUUGAAUUCUAUCCAUGCUUAGAGGUUUUUCCAGAAAUUGUUUGGAGAUUUCUCUCUGACAUCUGGUUGUUUUAAAUAGGAUUUUCCCACUGAAAUCAGGCAUAAUGCCUUUGAAAACUUGCCACAUAUAUUUUUCAAUAUAUUUGAUUCUUAAAGUACAGUUUUUAGAUGCUCUUAAUAGAAGUGGCUAUUUAUAUAUGCAAUCAAGUUUGAGAAAUAGACUUUUUUUGCUAAGAAGAUAGGGGAAAAUGUGAAAGUUUUAGUCUUUUUUUUUUAUUCAGAAACAAAAUUUUUCAUUUUUUAAGUUUUGGGCAUUUUUCUUCACUUCUAAAGGGAUUUUGGUAUUACUCCUGUUAGAAAAUUACAGGCUUCAUAAGAAAAGCGUUUUUAAGUAUUAGUUACUAUUAUUCAGAUAAAUAUACCGAAAUUGCAUCUAAAAGUUAGUAUUAUAAGUUUCCUGAGACUGGGGAAAUGUUGUUCAGCCCCAUGAAUUUUUUUUAUCAAAUGCCUAAGGCAUUUUCUUUGGGAUUGGAUUCUUUCUAGGCAUUACUGAUGUUGGUGAGGUGCCUUACUGAUGAAUGGGUAUGGACCUUUUUUAAUUGAAGCUGAUUGCAUGUUCUAGUUUUCUGUUCUUGUAUUUAUCUGAAAUUGAGUGGAGUCUUGGAGGGUGUCAGAAUUGUCUGCUCACAAGUAGGAGCUUCAGUAACAGGGCAGAGACACGCAUUAUGGAACAAAGUUCAAUUCGCACAUAUUUGUUUUUUUCUUUUUCUUUUCUUUUUUUUUUUGACUAAUUUGGUUAUUUGCCAUUUCUGGGGAUUAAACUUUAAAAAAUGUUCUUCUUUUCUGUAUCUGAUGUUCUGUGUGCUAUUAGUGACGCAGCCAACACGAACGGUUGUCAUGUGUAACACAACUUUCGAUCACCGCGAAAACAGCGUCCUGGGAAAGCGUCCAUGCUUGAUAUCGUUUGGUUCAUGAACAUUAAGUUUCCAGUACAGGUAAAAUCCCAGAGGAAGCCAAAGCCCUUUCUUUACUGGCUCCUGCUCCAACCAUGACCAGCCUGGUGCCUGGUGCAGGAUUGCUUCCCAUACCGACCUCCAGCCCUCUGACGGCAGUGAGUAGUCUUGGUGUUUCGCUUAGCAGUUUGGGAGCCAUACCGGCAGCAGCACUGGACCCCAAUAUUACAACACUCGGAGAGAUCCCACAGCCACCACUUAUGGGAAAUGUGGAUCCUUCAAAAAUUGAUGAAAUUAGGAGAACAGUCUAUGUUGGAAAUUUGAAUUCUCAGACAACGACAGCUGAUCAACUACUUGAAUUUUUUAAACAAGUUGGAGAAGUGAAGUUUGUUCGGAUGGCAGGUGAUGAGACUCAGCCCACUCGGUUUGCUUUUGUGGAAUUUGCAGACCAAAAUUCUGUACCAAGGGCCCUUGCUUUUAAUGGAGUUAUGUUUGGAGACAGGCCACUGAAAAUAAAUCACUCCAACAAUGCAAUAGUAAAGCCUCCUGAGAUGACACCUCAGGCUGCAGCUAAGGAGUUAGAAGAAGUAAUGAAGCGAGUGCGGGAGGCUCAGUCAUUUAUCUCAGCAGCUAUUGAACCAGAGUCUGGAAAGAGCAAUGAAAGGAAAGGCGGUCGAUCCCGUUCGCACACUCGCUCAAAGUCCAGGUCUAGCUCAAAAUCCCACUCUCAAAGGAAGAGGUCGCAGUCCAAGCACAGGAGUAGAUCUCAUAACAGGUCACGUUCAAGGCAGAAAGAUAGACGUAGAUCCAAGAGUCCACAUAAAAAACGCUCUAAGUCUAGGGAGAGGCGGAAAUCAAGGAGUCGUUCACGUUCACGGGACAAGAGAAAAGAUACUCGAGAAAAGGUGAAGGAAAAGGAAAGAGGGAAGGAUAAGGAGAGAGAGAAGGAGAAGGAUCGUGACAAAGACAAGGAACGGGGUAAAAACAAAGACAAAGAUCGAGAGAAGGAGAAGGACCAUGAAAAGGAGCGAGACAAAGACAAGGAAAAGGAACAAGACAAAGACAAGGAGCGGGAAAAAGACAGAUCCAAAGAGGCCGAUGAGAAACGGAAGAAGGAUAAGAAGUCCAGAACACCACCCAGAAGUUACAAUGCAUCAAGAAGAUCUCGUAGUACCAGCAGGGAAAGGCGGCGGCGAAGGAGCAGGAGUUCCUCCAGAUCUCCAAGAACAUCAAAGACUAUAAAAAGGAAGUCUUCCAGGUCUCCAUCUCCCAGGGGCCGAAAUAAGAAAGAUAAAAAGAGAGAAAAAGAACGGGACCACAUCGGUGACAGGAGAGAAAGAGAACGUUCCACGUCCACAAAAAAGAGUUCUAAUGAUCGAGACGGGAAGGAAAAGGUGGAGAAGACCAACACACCAGUUAAGAAGGAACACAGUAAAGAGGCAGAUCCAAGUGUGAGCAAAGAUGCAGAGGAGAAGGACUCACCAAGGACUGAGGAAGAAAACCCAGUACAGCAGAAUGGGAAUUGCCAACCAAAUGAAGAGAGCCUCUGCAGCAAAGCCGAUGUGGUGUAGGAUCACCCCUUGCUGUGUCUCUCCCUCCACGGUGGGAUCAAACCCAAAGCUUUCAGUUCGCAACAAGGUGUAAACGGGGAAGAAACCCACAUGUGGGAACUAACAGCUUUUCCGGCUAUGAGGUGACAUUGUGGACAUCUUGUUACUGAGCAUGGACAUCAUGAAAUAAUCAGAUGUUACCCGAAUUCACCAUCUUCUGAAGUCUGUGCAUUUCCACGGUGGCUGGCACACUUGUCAUAUGGUCAUUAGUGGUUGCCAAGAAGCAUUGCAAAUAAAUUGAAUGUCACAGAUCCAGAAUUGAACUAUCCCUAAAGACUGGAGAUGAGCAUUGGAGGCUCUUAAAGAAAAUGCUAGUUACUGAAUUUUGUAUUGUUUUACUUUUUUAAGAAAAAUUUUCAAUAUAUACAGUUUGAUGAUGUGCUUGAAAUUUGUGCAGAUAUAUACACACACUCUUGUAAAGUGCAAAGUAUGUAAGAAGUUUUAACAUUUACUUCACAGGACUUAACAGUGAUUAUGGUAAAUUCUCACUAUUGUGUUUUCUUUUGCUCACUGUUUUGGACAUCGUUUUCCUUUAAACCAGUUUUACAGAUUAAAAUUGCUUAAAUAAGUGGAUUACAAACCAACUGACAGUGCAUGCUCCUGUUCUCUUUCCAAAGAAGAGCAGCUGUGUCGAAUACUACUAACACCAUGUUGGUAUUCAGUGUUGAGAAUCAUUGUGUCUGCCACGAAAUGAGCAUUUCUUCUUGAACUUUCUUGACAUUUCCAAGCUCAUGAAUAAUAUUGCAGUGUGUCUUGUCGGCUGUAGGUGGCAAAGAUGCCCUUAUAAAAAAGAAACUGAGUUUUCCAAAUGGGCUAUGGGAGCACAGGCUGAAGCUUUAGUGCCUUCUACAAUGUGUGGUAUACUGUUUUCUAGGAUUUUAUAUGUGCUAGUCAUUCUCAGUCCAUAUGGAAUCCAGAUGGCUGUAUUCUGUUCCCAACUGUUGGGAAGUGUGCGAGGGGUGGGUCAGAAGCGCUUCUUAAGUCAGUUAAGAGAAGGAAGUCCUGUUUACAAGACUUGUGGAGUUUCAAACAACAAUGUAGUUUUGGGACCACCAGUUUUAUACUGUGAUGAUUGAAAAGGAGACAUACUCUUACUUCAAAUCAGAGGAAACCUGUUAGUUGACUUCAUUGGAUGGCCUUAAUAUUACCUCGCAAUCAUAUUCUUCUAAUGAUACAGAAAUUAUACUUAAGGAAGGACUGGGGCGUACAGAGGUGGUUUUGUGUUUAAUGAUACGCUUAUGCGAGUUUAAGGCACACGGUCAUUCACUGAUCUUAGGCUCAGCUUUUCAUAGACGGUAUGCAAGUAGUAAAAUGAGAACUUAAUGUUUUCUGUAAAACUCUAAAUUCUAGUGAAUGCACUAUUCAUUAUUGUUACAUUUCCAAAAAACAAAAACAAAAAACAAAACCCUUAAUUCACAAAUCUUAUUUAAAAAUCAAUUUUAAUUUUAUUUAAGACAACCUAAUACAAUCACAUUACUCAGUUGCCUUACCUCAUGGGAAGGAUUGCUGUCACAGAUUUAAAAAGUCAAGUAGUACUUUAGUUACUUGGUUCCAGCUUGAAUCUUGUUUUCAUAUUAAUACUGUUGAAACUAUAAUUUGAAGAGUAGAAAGGCCCGUUCUGUAAGUCAUAAAGCCUGGUUCGAUUAUGAAGCUGCUUAAUCAUCUUCAGGUGUUCAAAUUACUGUGUGUAUGUGUGUGUGUUUUUUGGUUUUUUUUGUUUUUGUUUUUGUUUUUUUGGUCACUGUGUACAUUAAACUUUUGGAAAAUACUUUACUAUGUAAAGUAUAGAUGGCCGUUUUAAUCUUUUAGCCACAUACGGUUGGCUAGUAACAGCUUAUUCUGAUACAGAAAUGCUUGGGCACCUGUGGAAAGAUUGUGAAGGAGUGUGUCUCGCUUCAACCGCUGUCUUAUUUAUGAUAUGUAAGUAGACUAGAGCAAAUGUUUGAAUCUUUGUUAUUUUUUAGUACCAUUUCUCUAAUAAAGUUCAGUAUUUUAGAGGAAAGAG